AUGCCGUCUCAGCAGGUCUAUAUCGACCAUCUCCUCCUGCAAUUCAGCCAAGAGCAGUUUGAGGCGCUCCCCCAAUGGAUUUCAGGCAAUUUUACCGUGAUUGACGGUGGCGUCCAUACAGGCGGACUAAGUCGCAACAAGCUGAUAAUUUUCCGCGACGGGACUUACCUCGAGCUCUACAACUGGAUCAUAAAGCCUGAAGACUGGAGGGAGCGACUACCCGGAGACUUCGCACUGACAACGCUCGACUCAAUAACAGCCGAGGCCAGCCAGGAACGCAUCGCAAACGCACUUGCAAGUAUCCCCGGAGAUGGCGGGGUUGGAGUGACGUACUCUCCACCACGGGAGGGCGGUCGCAAAAACGCCGAGGGGUUCGAUGUGCGCUGGAAGAUUGUGAAGCCAGGGUAUACCAAGGCGGACGCGACGCCCGGGGACGAAUUCUAUCCGCGAGGGCGCACAGAUGCGCCGUUUUUCUGCCAUGAUAUAACCCCGCGUACCCGUCGAGUCACGUACGACAUGACUUCUGUGACGCAGCAUCCGUCAGGAGCGACGGGGAUUGAGCUCAUAGAAGUUCUGGUUCCGAAAGGGGCAUUGAGUCGGUAUACCGAUAUAUACGCGUCCAUUGUCGGGGCUACCCCAGAAGAGAGCGAUGGAGCGGUUGAGUUUCGACUCAGCGCGCCGGGAGUUCAUGGUUUUUCAGGAUAUAUUCGCGUGCGAGAUGCACAAACGGUAGAAGACGAACAGUUUCUGCGAGAGAAAGGGAUCGGAAUUAGUUCUCUCGAGCUUAGGUCGGAGACCGGGCAGCCGAUUAGUUUUUCUAUAGCCGAGUUCCUUCAGUAG